GGAAGAAGUGUGUAAGCUGCAGCAGUGUGCUCUCGCCGGCUCCAGUAGCCGGCGUAGAAAACAUCAGUCAUCCCAGCGAGAGCGCCGCUGCCCUGAUGACUCCGUCUCCCGCUCCUCUGCCUCCUUCUCAUCCAUUUAUUUCUUCUUCUCCUCUCUCUGCAGAAGCCGCCACCCGCCGGCCCAUUCAGCCCCUCGCUGCCCACGCCAAAAACUGGACCCGCCUCACCAGGUCUGAGCCAACAGUUCAACGCCAUACCUUCCUGGUUCAACAGGCAGAGAAGCUCAGCUUUCAGCUCAGUUGAAAAUUCAGAUCCAGUAGGUGACCCUCAGGCAGGUGGACAUGGCAGACGGCAGGCAGCCAGAGGACCACUGGGCCGCCAACGGCCAGGAGAACGGAGAGAACGGCUACUCAUCCUACGGCUACCGGGAGAACGGCUACCACGCUGCGGCGGCCGCUCCGCCUCCAGCAACAGUGGACGACUCGGCCAACCUGCCCCCCUCCCCUCCUCCAUCUCCAUCCGCUGAGCAGACUGGGCCCCUGGCACAAGAGGAGAAAGUAGAGGUUGUCAGUCAGCGGCCUCCAGUGGAGGAAGUGGCAUAUGAGCAACCAGGAGACUUGCACAUAGAGCAGACAGAUUGUUUAAGGGAGUCCCAGGCUUUGGGUUACCAGAGAACCCAAACACCUGAGGCCGUCAAUGGAGGAGAUCACCACAGUGAACAGAGCCCAACACAAACAGCCCAGCCAGCGGAGAGCAAAACAUCUUGUGAGUCUGAGGUGCAAGAAGGCGAAUGUCCUGUAACGUCUGAAGAAGAACUCGCUUUGAGUAAACAUCCCACUACUUCAGAGAAAGAUCUCUCGGACGAGUCCUCAGCUAAACAGACUGAUAAAGACAGAGGAAAUGACACAGAAGAAUCCCCUGAAGACUGCAAGCCUUUGGAGUCUAAAGUCAAGGACCAUGAAGAUGUUUCGCUGUCAGAAGAUCUAGCAAGUCUCAAAACAGAAAAUAAUGCCGGAGUUAUGUUACCUAAGAAAUCACAAGUUCCUUUGAAUGAAAGUACUGAGAAGACUGAGGAAGGAAAAGCAACAAGUCAGGGCAAUGAGGACAGUAGCAUUCAGAAAGAAACUGUCCAGUUAAAAGAAGGACCAGAUAAAGAUUCAAAGACUUACUUUGAGACGACAUCAAAAAGUCAAGAAGAGGGAUCAUCACAAGGGUAUUAUGAACUCAGUUUAACCUCCGAGAAAGGGUUAAGUGUAGAAUAUGACAGAGCUCUGGAUCAAUUUGAAGGACAAGAGAAGAAAACUGUGAGGAUAUCACCUGAUAAAGCACCAUUAGAGCAACGCAGACUGUCCUUGAACAUUCCUAGUGGGUCUUCGACAGAAACGACUGUAAAAGUAGACAAGUCGAGGAGAUUCUCUGAAAGCUUGUGUCCAGUCAGUGGAAGCUUUGCGGGGACAGAAGUUCCUCCAUUAACCCCAUUUGUUGAGACGCAUACUUCACCACUUCAGCCUGUAGUCUCCAUUAUCCCAACACCGACACCAUCUGAUAGCAUCCAGACAAUGGCAGAUGCUUCUGCUGAGGGGCAUGGUUCUAGCUCUGACCAAUCAGAAAGCCUUUCUGAUAUGUUGGACUUGGCUGGGGUCCCACUUCGUCCAUCAAUACAGAUGAGGGACCACAUGAGACGAAAGUCAAUGCCAGCCAGUGCGCUCCUCGGUAAUGCCUUUGACAAGCUGAGUCUAUCAGAGCAAAUCUUGACAGAGGUGGCAGGGGAGAAUCAACAGGAAGAGCUUGGCUACUGCGUGUUCAGUGAAUACUCAGCACCCAUGCCUUCUCCAGCUGAUGUACCAAAUCCUGGAGAUUCUCAACACCAGCACUUCCCUUCUUUGGGUUCUGAAGAAGAAGAGGUUUCUAAAGUUGUGGAAACUGAAGCUGGUCAAACUCAAGUGCAACAAAAAGAUCAGAAAGAAAUUUCUCAAAACCCUGUGUUGGAAAAGAAAGAUCCACCAGUAAAGACCUCCUUGAUUCUGGAAAAAGCUGUGACUAGUGGAUUAAAACCAGAUCGCUUACGAAUCCCAAUGACGGCUUCGAAAGACCGUCUUACUGAACUUCGUCUGGAGACUGGCCUACCUGGGGACAUAAAGAUCCAGGCAAUCCCUGAGGUGGAUGUUGAAAAAGACCCCUCUAGAGAGGCCUCACCCAUCCCACCGGACAACUCCUUCACUUUCACUCCUGCAGAAACUGGAAAUAGAUUUCCCCUGAGUCCCAUCAGCCCCAAGUCUGAAGGAACCCUAGAAACUCAAGGCAGUGAGCCACAGGGAAAUGAUAUGCCCAACAAAUCUUCAGAAUCCAAGAGUGUUGAUGAACUGGAGGCAAACAAAGUGAUGACAAACACUAAGAUUGUAGAUCAACAAGAAAAAGCUGAGGAAGCAGACAGAACCAUGACGGCAUCAGUGGAGCCUUUGCAAGAUAGUUUGGAAGAAAAGCCUUUAAUCUUAGGAGAAAAAGAAACACAAAAACCUUCAGACUUUUCUCAGCAUUUAUGCAUUGAAAAGCCAGGAGGUGAAAAGGCUCCCCAAAUCCAACUACCAGAGUUAACGCUAACAAAAGACUCAUCAAGGCCACAAGUAUUAUCUCCAAUCAUUGUAAUACCUCAAGCACAAGUAGAUGAAGAGGUCGAAGAGGAGGAUGACAUUGAGAUUGCGGAAGAGCCUCAAGAGAUUAUGGAAGAACCUGAGGAGAUUCUGCACUCCAAGAGUAAUAUAACAGCAGAAAGUAUACCUGAUAUACCUGAAGUGGAGGAGCAGAAGAAGGACCAAAUGAGAUUGAUGGUUUGUGAUAAGAUGCUGGACGAUGAUCCCAAGUCGGGAGCUGAAGAAUGGAGUCAUAGUGCCCUAAACAGCGAUGAAGGCGAGCCUGCUACCGACAGUUCACACUUGUCCCCAUGUUCUGACCAUGACCUAUUACAGCAGUCUGAGGAAGGUGAUGAGGAGGGAAAAAAGGAAGAGGACCUGCAGGUAGAUAAGAUGGAAUCGUCAAAAGAAGAGAAUGAAGGGGUAAAGAAAGAUGAAACUUAUCAAGAGGAAGUGGAAGGAGUUUAUUAUGAUGCAACUGGUGAUGAAAAAGAGAAUAAGGUCUUGAUUGAAGAGGAUGGAACGAAAGAGAAAGACAUAGAGAUUGGUGAAGAAGCAACUAGUCUGGCAACUAACGAUGAAACCACAAUGGACGUGUCCAUCCUGGAUACAGACAGUGGCUGGAUGGACCCUCAAGAUGAUGACAAAAGUAUUAUGACUGAGCAAAUCGAAGCCCUUCCUCAGACACAGAGUUCUACUGCUGCAGCUACGGUGGUGGACUGCCCUGCUAAACAGUUACCCGGCAAAGGAAGGGGGCGCCUUGGCACUACUGAAUGUAAAGUGACACGCAAAGCACCGACCUACCAUCCCCCAAGAGAGGAGAUAAGAAAGAAAAAAGUAGGCGUGAGGAGGGCUGACCAGAGUAAGGUGUCAGCCCUCCAAAGUCGCUCUCCAUCUCGAAAGAGUGGAGCCAAAGUGGCAGCCAGACAUCCUAGGCCUGCUCCGCUUCACGGCUCUGCUAAGCGCAAGGCCACAGGUGAACACCUUUCGCCAGGUAUGGCACACCACCAGCCACUCAGUGUGGCCCAGCCGUCCAGGGAGAGGCCCACUUCGCGACAGAGAAAAUCUGUGAGUAAAGAUGUUUCCAUGCAGAAGAAUCCCAUAUCUUCAUUACUAUCAUCUUUCAGUCAUCAUUUCUGUCCUUUUGAAGUGUAUUUUCCUUUCAUUUUUCAUCUCUUCGUCGCUUCCUCUACCUUGCAUGCGUCCUCCCCUCUCAUUACGUGGAUUACCCAGAGCCCCACGAGGGCCGUUCUGUUAAAGAUGGCAGUGCAGCGCGGUGGGGGGUGCCCCCGACCGAGCUCUGCCUGCAGCCUUAAACGGAGCCCCCUGGUGGAGGCAGUGAUAUGCGAGGCUCGGCCCGCCUCUGCCUGCUCCCGCUCUCCCCCUCCACCAAACAAAUGGGAGAGAACAUACCGCAGCCCGGAGAAGAGGUCAUCCCUUCCUAGGCCAGCCAAGUCUCUGACUCGCCAUAUUCCUGCUGCUGAGCAAGAGGACAGCACCCCCUCCAGGCCAACCUCGAUCCGAACCGACUCCAGAGGAGACGGCAGGUCUGGAAGAGCCCCUAGUAUGGCAGGCACAGACUCAACCCGGUCCCGGUCGGUCCGCAGUGGCGCUUCCACCCCAGGGUCUGCCGUCACACCCGGUACACCGCCCAGCUACUCCUGCCGCACCCCGGGGUCGCGCACCCCCGGCAGCCACACACCCAAGUCCUUCAGCGUCCUCCAGGAGAAGAAGGUGGCAGUGAUCCGGACCCCACCCAAGUCCCCUUCGUCAGUCCAGCGGCAGCUGAAGGUCAUCAACCAGCCGCUUCCCGACCUGAAGAAUGUAAAGUCCAAGGUCGGGUCCACAGCCAACCUGAAGCACCAGCCGAAAGGAGGACAGGUUCAGAUUUUAAGCGAGAAGCUGGACUUCACUCAUGUUCAGUCAAAGUGCGGCUCCAAGGAUAAUCUCAAGCACACGCCCAAAGGAGGCCAUGUCAUGAUUCCAAGCGUUAAGCUGGACUUUAGCCACGUUCAGUCUAAAUGUGGCUCCCUGGAUAAGGUGCACCACGCAGCCGGUGGGGGAAACGUUCAAAUCCAGACCAAGAAGAUUGACUUGAGCCACAUCACCGCCAAAUGUGGCUCCAUGUCCAACAUUCAUCACAGACCUGGGGGAGGAAACAUCCGUAUCGAGAACGUGAAGCUGGAUUUCAAAGAUAAGGCUCACGCCAAGGUCGGUUCCCUGGACAAUGCCAGCCACAUGCCGGGAGGAGGGAAUGUCAUGAUUGAGAGCCACAAGCUGAGCUUCCGGGAAACGGCCAAAGCUCGUGUGGACCACGGCGCCGAAAUCAUCAUCACCCACUCCCCCGGUGUGGAGACGGGGGGCACGUCUCCCCGCCUGUCGUCCGCCGGCAGCAUCAACAUGAUGGAGUCGCCCCAGCUGUCCACACUGGCACAGGACGUCACGGCCGCGCUGGCCAAGCAGGGCUUAUGAGCUUUCAGUCCGUUCCCCGCCGUCCUCCUGUCAUUGUGGCCCCCCUCAUAGACAUCCAGCGGUGUCCCUUCAGUGCAACAUGUCCCCCAACACCUCAUAACCCCCAC